UUUCAUGCCAUUAGAGGAGUGGGUGUUAAUGACUUCCCCUCAUCGUUUUUCGGUGGCUAUAAGUAACAGUAUAGACUUUACGUCCGUCCCCUCGCCCCGACGUGGGCGCGAACCAGGGACGCUCUGCAAACGUCAGUCAUCCUCGAAGCAUCGUUACCCAUCGCUCCAGAAAAACCGCGGCCCUUGCAGAGCAAGGGGAACCACUACUUCAAGAUCUCAGAGCAAGUGACGUCACCGAUUAAAACGCCACUAGCGCGCUCCACCGCUAACUAGCUAGCCAUUUCACAUCGGCUACAUAUACAAAGCUAGAGAUGCAGAUGUGAUUUUGUUAGCUAGCAAGAACUUGAACGACUGUUAUACAGUUAGCAUAUCUCUAGCAUUCGCAAAUUCCCUCUGGCUGUCUACUCCGAUUUCAGAGCACUCUCGUCUGUGUGUGCUGGAGCACAGAACUGAUUAAUUUACGAACAUGCAACACCUGCUGAAUGACAGAUUAAAAAGCAGCAGCAAGACAUCAUGGGUUUCCUAACUGUCAACAAGAUUGACUUUAAGGAGUGUGACAUCGUAACCAGUGAAGAAAACAGGAAAUGGAUGAGGGAGAACGUACCUGAGGACUUCCGACCAAUGACGGGGGUCCCCCUGCCUCCACAGAUAUUUAAUGAAGAACAGUACUGUGGGAAUUACGAGGCCUUCUUUGAUGCCCGUGAGGAGCAUGCAGUGUAUGCAUUCUUGGGCCUAACAGCCCCUCCAGGCUCCAAGGAAGCAGAGGCCUUGGCUGGACUGGAGCAACAGUAGCCACAUGUUUUUGAUUAGCAGACCACAGUGCCCUCUCCUGUCAUCCUCCAUUCAGCUCUACAGCAGCUUGCCACUGCUCGUCUGGAAAACGUCUUCUCAGACCAAUCAUAGCGCUUUAUUUUGUUGUGACAGGUAAUCAGAAUGGUAUCAAAUUGACCAAAUGUUGUGUUUUUUGACAAUGUCUUUAAAGUGGUGACCUUGUACUGUUACAAUAGUUCAAGUCAAUGCUGGGCAGUAUCCCAUGUUCAAUAUCAUAUUGAAAUCAAGGCAGAAUGAGUGCCCAAAUACUAGGAAUUUAGUAGAUGACAAAGACAUUCAUGCACAUAUGAGAAUAUUUAAUCCAAUGAGAUAUUUUUCAUGUUUGAUAAUAAAAGUGUUACUUUUACUA